AUGGUAAUAUAUAACAAUAUACUAACUAAAACUUUAGUAAUCCAUACUACUUUAACGCUAAAUUCCUCUACGCUAUAUACGUAUGAAAACUUCGAAUUAGUCCACCAGUUAAACAAUUUGAAUUGUUCUGAAAUUGUCUCUCAAGAAUUAGGGUUAAUUAAUGCUUCGAAAACACUUGUUGGGUCUAUUCCUAUUGCUGCGGGUUAUACUGUAAACUCUAAUUUAACGUUGUACUUCAUGAAAAAGGUAUUAUCGAAUAGUGAUGGCAGUAACGACUUGAUUACAAUUAUAAGUAUAGCACAUGUGAAUGUGAAUAAAACAUUGAUAUUGUCAGUAUUAAAAAAAGUCAUGGAUAAGUAUAUUGAUUUCAAGCGGGAUAUUGAAAGUUCUGAUAAUAACUCGACUCAUCAGAUAAAGACAAAGCUUGGAGAGUUCAAACUCUACAUGAAUCAAAUUAUAAAGUAUGAAGAAAUGAAUUACGAUUCUAACCAACAUGUAUAUAAUUAUGGCGCAAUUAAUAAUAAUAGAGGCACCGAUGAUGAAUCAGAUGGUAUAGCUGGUGAAGAUGUAAUUAGUCCCAACCAAUUGCUUUUGGCCAACGAAGAAGCUGAUGAAGUCAGGCAAUUAAUGUUGGAUAAUAUUAACAAAAUUAUGAAUAGAGGUGAUAAGAUAAAUUUAUUAGUUGAUCAAACGGAUAGGUUAACAAGCUCAUCACUGAUGUUUCAGAAACGGGCACAGUUAAUCAAGAGAAAAAUAUGGUUGAGUAAGUCUAAGUUCAUGCUUAUGAUAGUAGGUGGUGUUGCAUUCAUGAUUUACCUCCUAAUUGGGUCUCGUUGUGGAUUUCCUGGCUUUGGCCAAUGCUUGCAUCCUUAA